AUGAAGAGAAAUGAGCACUCACACACGGCGGCUGUUUAUGGAGCGAGGCUGCGGCUAACAGCAGUGCAUUAUGGGAGAGCACCCACAGGAGAGCACCCACAGGAGAGCACCCACAGGAGAUCACCCACAGGAGAGCACCCACAAGAGAGCUACCACAGGAGAGAGCACCCACAGGAGAGCACCCACAAGAGAGCUACCACAGGAGAGAGCACCCACAGGAGAGCUACCACAGGAGAGCACCCACAGGAGAGCUACCACAGGAGAGAGCACCCACAGGAGAGCACCCACAGGAGAGCACCCACAGGAGAGCUACCACAGGAGAGAGCACCCACAGGAGAGCACCCACAGGAGAGCACCCACAGGAUAGCGCCCACAGGAGAGCACCCACAGGAGAGCAUCCACAGGAGAGAGCACCCACAGGAGAGCUACUAG